GUGAUGUCUGGACGUGGCAAAGGCGGGAAGGGCUUGGGUAAAGGCGGCGCCAAGCGCCACCGCAAAGUCCUGCGGGAUAACAUUCAAGGGAUCACAAAACCUGCAAUCCGCCGCCUGGCUCGUCGCGGUGGAGUAAAGCGCAUUUCUGGUCUCAUCUACGAGGAAACCCGCGGGGUUCUGAAAGUGUUCCUGGAGAACGUAAUUCGGGAUGCGGUCACCUAUACCGAGCACGCCAAGCGCAAGACUGUCACGGCCAUGGACGUGGUCUACGCGCUCAAGCGCCAGGGACGCACCCUUUACGGAUUUGGCGGUUAAGUCGGCACCCAGAAACUAAUUUUCUGUAGCAAUGCCCAAGGCCCUUUUCAGGGCCACCUAAAUACUCGCU